CUCGAGUACAACAAUUGAAAUCAAAGUAGCGGGUGAUUUGGCCGUUUCAUGUUUGUUGUCAAUACUUAAGUCACCUAUCAAAAGGAAAACAUGUUUUCCACCUGUUUUUAUGCACCGGAAUUAAUAAUAAAAAAGCAUGUUUAUUUUUUUUCAAAAUCAGUCAGAACUGACCGGAGCAUUUAUUAGCUAAGGUCUGUUUCACUGAUUCAGUUUUAUUCGUCUGGAAAUCUCAAUUCAUGAGUGAUUUGGAGGGUGUAGGCAAUAAGCGUGACUCGAAGGAUUGUCUAAAGUCAGAUAUUUCUAACGGUAUCCCGAGUACGUAUAACUUGACUCAUGACUGUUCAUCAAAAGAGUCUGGUUCAGGUUUUAUGCUACUCAGCGUAAAGCACUUGUCAAAAGUCAGAAGAAGCAAACAGCAUACAACAGACGUGGAUAAUCGUAUGUCCGAGAAAAAUGGUAUCGGAACCAACGGAAAUUCGCCCUACUCAAACUUCAGUCAAGUUGAUGGCGUUUUGUAUGACGAUGCGACCCAUGAUGUUUAUGGAUCAGGAUCUAUAGAAGCUGAGGAGUUUGAAGAAUUUGAUGAUCCGGAUGAUGAUGAGAUAAAUGAUGGUGCAAAUGGGAUAAGAGAUGCCGACACACUUCCUCAAAACUGCUUCAACUUUCGUUCUUGUUCAGUUGUUGCAACCCCGUCAAAUGUCGAGGAAGUCAGCCAGUUCCAUCCAUCUACAAACUCCCUGUCAUUUGCAAAACCUAUAAAUGGUCAUUUCAAGUCACAUGAUCCUGUCAGUGAAGUUCCUGCGAAUGUGUUUGCAUCUGUAUGCCAUGAUGGCUACCAACAGAACGACUGUUUAUCUCCCAUAUCAAUGCCAAAUUAUGAACAUCCUAACAAUCCAGAAUGCCUUUCAUCUUUUCAGGGUGAAACCAUUUACCCUGCAUAUUCUCGUGAUCCAUGUGAUCCAGUUUUAAUAAACCCAAUGAAAUCGAAAAUGGUGUCAUCAUCUGAAUCUCCGCUUCAUGUUGAUUACUAUCCGCCUUCGAAAAAAAACCUAAACAGCACAUAUCACUUGCGUGAUCGGAGAACAAUACCUGAUCCUCAUGAGUUUCGAGUAACUUCUGAUGUGUCGCAUUCCAAAUCAUUAUGCAACAUGGUCAGUAAUAAUUAUUCUGAUCCUCCAAAUACUUCAAACUGGGUGAAUUUAACAAAUGUACUACAUCCUACAUAUCAUAUUGGUCUAUCUCCUCAUCCCAGACACGGAAGUUACAAGCAGCCCCCAAUAACCUGUCUGCAUCACUUGCACCCAUCAACAACAUCAAGUAACACAGCGUCAACUGUGUCUGUAAACAACCACAUAGCUUCGGGCGUUGUUGCUAUGGCUGCAGCUUCACUCCCACCCCUACAACCGGCCUCGAGAUUCCGUAAGGCUCGGAUACACGAAACCGUAGAACAGUGGUCCUAUGGUCGGUUUUCUGUACACGAUUGUCACCUAAAAGCUGUUCCUGACUGGGUUAGUGAACUUCAGAAGAAGUCGUUUGUAUGUGAGAAAGCUGUUACAACUUUGGCAAACAAAAAGAUCAAAUGUUUAUCCUGUUUCAUACCAAAAGGUACUAAAGAAAAAGAACCAUCUAUAUUGCCACGAGCCACACAUGACUCUGCACAUGCAGGUGUUACUGUCGCUCCCCGUCCUGGACAUGUUCAUGAAGAAGUAGAUGCCCUGGAGAACGAAUUGGAGGCCCAAUCAAUGAUUUUAAGUAAUGGGUUUGCAGUGACUAAUCUUUUUUCUUUUUGGAAUGAUGGUCUUCGUAUUCAUAGCCAAGUUCCUUUUACGACUAUUCCCGUACGUUGUUCCGAACCGGUUUACGAUUGUGAUAAUAGUUCCCAAGAUUUCAUUGAGUCGGGACGUAACGAGCCGUCAAUCUGUGCAGUAAAAAGUAAUCGCGAAAAUUUCGACACAGUUGAUCUUUUGUCACGAAGAGAAAAUGGGACUCAAAGAGAAUUUCCAGAUAGUUCUGCAAUUCCCCUAAAUGCUUCAGACCCUGCUACUGCAUAUUUGCGCCGACAAAACAUGGGUAUAGCAAAUCAUGUAAAUAAACUUUCAGUUGUUAGUGAGUCGGAACAACACUGUGAAAACUCAGUGCUCACAUCUAAUCAAAGACCUUCAGACAUGGCUACUUUCUUUAAAUCGGACUUCACUUAUACGGAUGCAAAAAAGGUUUCUAACCGUGCCUCUGGAUGUAUUAAUUCCAAUUUAAAUGAACUGUGUUCCUGUAAAACUUCAGAAACUCUUUCAAAAAAUGUUCCUCCAGCUAGUCCAAAUAGUGGUUUCGUUCCCAACGGGUCUCAUCAAAUUCCACUUGAGUUGCAAAUUUCAUCGGAAAUUUCCAGAUCUGGACUCCGUUUGUUGAACUUACUGCCUAACAAUAAUAGUACAUUGGGACGCGAUUGUACUAAUAUAAUUUCCAUAGAUCCAAAUGUACAACGUCUGAUAAAUACAGAAGGUGCAAAGCUGAUUAACAAAUGCGAAUCUGAAUACAAUUUUUCAAAAUCUAAUACUUCGGGGGUUUUUUCCAUGAAAACAUUAAAAAAUAAUAGGUCUUACUCUCAAUUUUGUCGCCGUUCAAAGAGCUUCGAUGACAGCUCAUAUAUCAGUCGUUUUCGUAGAAUUAAGAACAAGAGAUUGUAUAAUUCUGACAUCGUCCAAAGGUCAGUGCUUUUUCUUAUUUGGUAUACAUAGUAAUCAUUACAUUUACCGAAGUUUUCUUUCAGUUUCCAAAUGGAAAGUUAAUUAAAUGUUAGCGAUGUUGUCUGAUGUAGAAGUAGACUGGAAAAGCAGAGGAGAUUAAAAUGAUGUGUGUGAUACUUUGGCGAACAUUUUAACUGGUCCCCAACUACCCUUCUGUUGCUUGCUGUUACCAAACGACCCAUAUGGGAUAUCAACAUAGGCAUCCCGACCUAAUGAAUCUGAGAAAGCUCUAGCUAGCUUAAGAUAAGAGAGCAGCAGAUCGUGAUGGUGAUAUUUCAGUUUUAACAUAUAAAUUGACUAAGAUAUCAACUAGAAUUCGGAAAUUUAAUGUGUUCCUACUUGACUAGUCUUGAUCGCUGAUCUUCUCGGUUUAUUGAAAUCAUGAAAUGAUCAGUGUUAGACCACCAUUGAAGAUAAUGGAUGGUGGUCGCUCAUUAUUAUGGGGCAAUUAAAGUUAGACAUUAACACAGUUGGAUGCCGGCUCAAUGAUCUAAAGGUUAAACAUUCACGUGCGAGACUGAAGGUCCUGGGUUUGAUUCCUGCUUGUGGUGUCAUUAAUGGGGACUUCUGAUGAGCUCCAUACUAGGAUGGAGUGACCGUCUAGUGCUUCCACGUUUCUGAUAGCGGUCUAACAUUGUCCAGUUCAUGAUUUUAAUGAUACUCAACAAUUUCCACAAUCCUACACGGGUGUCUCAGUUUAGAAGAAAAGACAGCAAUCCUAUUGUAAUAACCGCAGAAGCCAGACUAAUAUGGUGUCGUAAAUCCUAACUGAAAUAGUUUCUCAACACUCAACUCUAACUCGAGAAUUGUGAGCCGUGAAAACCAGACUACUUCCGGGCCUUAACCUGCAUGUUCCAACCAAGCAUUCACUGUUUGUCAGAUUCUGGAACGCAAACAAUCCCACCGACUCCCAGCCAUAGUCGCAUUCUUCGACAGGCAACAGCUGAUUCUGUUGGCUAAGAGGUUGUAUGAGUCUGUGAUUAAAAGGUGUAUCAAGGGAGUAUAUCAAGUGUAUAGGUCUUCUACUCAAACGAUGGUGGCUGUGUUUUUCAGGAAUCUAUCCUACCAGGAGAUCCACUUAUUGAUUUAGAGCGUGUAGAUGAUAUAGUUCUGUUCAGUGAAGAUGUUGGUAUAGAUUCAGUUCAAUUGUUUCUUUCGAACAUUCGUCAGUGUUUUAACGUGUAGAAGUAUGUUAGAAGAAAGGGCUGCAAAUCCUAAACGUGGCACUGAUCCAUUAAGCCAUUAGCUGUUGUACUGAGUACAGACCACUUGGUCGGGUUCUGCGAGAUAACUACGGCCAAUGGCGGUAGAGUUUGGAGGACUUACUUACUUACUCCUGUUACCCCCAAUGGAGCACAGGCCACCGACCAAUAAUGUCCAACCGACUUUGUCCUGGGCGUAGACAACUGUUAAUAAAUACUUGUAUCUUGUGGAUGAUGGCUUUGGUAGUUCUCCAAGUUUCCGCCCCAUACAGUAGAACUGUCUUGACAUUUGUUUUGAAAAUUCUGAUAUUGGUGUUGGUUGAUGGUUGUUUGGAGUUCCAGAUGUCCAACUGUAGAAAUGCAGUCCUUGCUUUGCCAAUCCGCGCCCUCACAUCUGCAUCGGAUCGAUCUUGUUCGUCAAUGGUGCCGCUCAGAUAUGUAAAGACUUUUACGUCCUCCAAGGCAUCUCCAUCAAUAGUGAUUUGGUUGGUGCAUGCUGUGUUUUAUCGUGUAUGCUGAGACCUGCUGCUGCUACACUGGUCGUUUUCUCUUGCAUUUGUUGUUGCGUGUACGAUAGAAGAACCAGAUCUGCGAAGUCCAGAUCGUCCAGCUGCAUCCUUGCCGUUCACCGUAUACCGUGCUUCCAUCCAGAUUUUGAUGUCUUUAUAGUCCAGUUGAACACCAGGAGAAGGAGAAAGGGUGAGAGUAAGCAACCUUGCCCGACACUGGUCUUCACCUCGAACGAGUCUGUCAUCUGUGUUCCAUUCAUGAUUUUGCGGUUUAAUCCAUCGUAAGAAUUCCGUAUGAUGUUGACUAAUUCUUUGGAGGAUACCGAUGAGUAAUUUUUAAAAACCUUGUUAUGCAUUGAAUUUGUACUAUUUUCUUCCGGUAACUUUGAGAACAGUAUUGACCAGAUAAUUUAUUAUAGGUUGCACAGUUUUCUUGUUAAUAUUAGCAUUCUGGUAUCUAUUGUUCAUUAGUUCUUAGCUUUUGGUGAUAUUUUUCGUAUACAUAGUCUAACCUAAAUUAUUAUUGUUAUUUUAAUAAACGCAAGUUUU